CACUGAUUGGCAGCACUGAUAGGUGGCACUGAUUGGCAUUGAUAGGUGGCACUGACUGGCACUGAUGGGUGACACUGAAAGGCAGCUCAGAUGGGCACUGAUAUGUGGCAUUGAUGUUCACUGGUAGGCACUGAUGGGCACUGGCACGAGGCACUGAUGAGCACUGACUGCUGGCACUGAUGGACACUGACAGGUCGCACUUCUGGAGCCACACUGAUCAUCAGGGCACACUGAUCAUCAGUGCCCUGAUGAUCACUGUCAGCGUGACAGCUCAAGAGGAGAGAAAUGCCGAUAACCGGCAGUUCCCUGUUUACAUGUGAUCAGCUGUGAUUGGA